AUGACAGACGAUCUUGACACCAGCACAGCACAUGGAAUUCCGUCACCUUCGUAUGCUGCAACUAAUAAUGUUCGUGAUGAGUUCCUUGGUUGCAUCCAUACCAUCAAGCACACCAUGGUUGCAGAUUUGAACUGUCCUAUUCUUGAGCUGAUACAACUACGAUUCACCAUUCAUCAUCCGGAAACCUCUCCAGAAAAUUUAUGA